CGUCGUGAUCAUGACAAGAAUGCGAUGAAUUAUUUUGUUUCUUUGGAGUAGAAUUCGUAUCAAUUAAUUGCUGGGCAGUCGCGAUGCAAUAGCAAAAGUCUUGCUCAAUAGUUUCGCGAAUAUUUAAUUCCGCGUCUAGGUUUUCUACAUUAAGAACCUCUAUUUGCGUUUGUAGCUCAUCGAAAUCCGUAAACAAUGUUUCAAAUCGACUUAAUUUAAUUCUUAAUAUAGUAAAGUGCUGGUUCUUCUUCACUUUCGGAGACGUUGACGUGGAUCAGUGAAUUGUGCCGUUGGUUACAGGUCUUACAGCCACCACCAGGCAGGCGGCACUGGUCCACGGUGUGAUCCUUGCGGAGGCAAUUCCGGCAAAGAUUUAGAGAAGAUACGAGUGCAGAUCUAUCUUCUGGAGAUUUAUUCUUGAAGGUCAAGCACUCGUAAAUACGAUGUUUACCUUUACAAACUGGACAGACAAAAUUAACUUUAGAUUUAGAAGGUGAACUGGUCGCUGAGAAUGAUUUAGUAAACUCCCUCUUACCCUUUGGUGAGAGUUCUGUGGAACUGCGACGUUUACUUUUAAUUGCCUCAAAUACAUCUGCCCUAUUUUUUAGAAAUUGGAAGAAAUCAUCUAGUGUAGGGAUGUCCUUCAAUGAACUUCUGCUUUCUUCCCACUUCAAACUUGUGGUGGGGUCUAGCUUUUGAGAAAUAAGAAAAAUUAUAAGCAUGUCCCAACUUUCAGUAGGCAACCCUAAUGUGUGAAGGGCACGCAAGUUUUUAGUGACAUGGAACAAAUUACCUUUUAGAACCUGGGAUUAAAAACCUACCUGAAAUCAAAACACUCGCAGUGGAGGCCCAGGAACCUUCCUUUGAUUUAACAAGAAUUUCAAGAUUGCCUAUUUUACAACGCACUUAUGCCUGGGUGCUUCGAUUUAUCAAUAAUGUGAGAAAACCCAAAAAUAAGUUGACUGGUCCAUUGCAAGCUUCCGAACUUGAUAAUUCCAUGUGUGCUCUAGUGAAGAUUUCACAAGGUGAAUACUUUGCAAACGAAUUGAAUCUUUUGUCCAACAAUAAGCAGCUUAAGCCAAAUUCAAUUCUAGCUUCAUUGGACACUUUUAUUGAUGCAAAGGGUAUACUCCGCGUAGGUGGCCGUCUUUCUAUGUCCGAUUUUAAUUACGACAAAAAAUGUCCAAUUUUAUUAUAUGCUGACAGUCAUCUAACUAAGAUUUUAUUUCAUAACGAGCGUGAUCGUCUAAAAUCUGGGGAGUUUCAAGACUCUGUACAAGACUUUGUAUCCAAACAGAAUAUUGAGUUUGAGUUCUCCCUCGUAUACGCUCUUAACUUCAGUGGCUUGUGGGAGGCCGGCAUAAAGGCAGCUAAAUUUCAUCUAAAAAGAGUCAUGGGCACAACCCACUUAACUUUCGAGGAAUUAUCUUCAUUGUUUGCACAGGUUGAGGCGAUCCUCAACAGCCGGCCCCUCUGUCCUCUCAGUCCUUCCCCCAAUGAUCUCCAGUGUCUCACACCCGGGCACUUUCUGAUUGGCAGGCCACUCAUGUCCUUGCCGAGUCCACCUCUACUGGAAAUCAACGCCAACCGACUCGACCGAUUUCUUCAACGGCUGAAGCAGGCGCACCAGCACUUUUGGAAACGAUGGGCUAACGUUUAUGUGGCCGAACUACAAAAGCGCACGAAGUGGCGCACAAGGUGUACAACAGUACAGAAGGUACACGACCUAGUUUUGCUGAAGGAGCCAAGCGCGCCUCCGAUCUGCUGGCGCCUUAGCAGAGUGACACAACUGCAUCCCGGCGCUGAUGACGUGCCCCGCGUUGCAGACAUCUCCACCGCUCAGGGUAUUGUGCGACGGGCCCUUAAUCGGAUCUGCCUGCUGCCAACUUCUUGCUCUUGAAAGGAUCUUUCAAGGGCCGGGAGGAUGUUCGCGCCGCUAGGAUGUGUGUAUAGCUAGAUAUAUGUGUCGAAUGACGUGACGCGUAUAAAGUGUUAAAAUGAGAACCCCGACAUUCGAAAUGCGGUCAGAUAGACAGCUACGCGCGGCCUGUGCGUCCACCAUGUUACUUAUUCUCAAUUCUGUACAGUAGUAAUAAAAUGCUUUUUAAACAA